AUGCGUCAUCGGGAGACACCUCGGCGGUGCGUGGCGGUGCCCGGCUGGGGAGCUGGUGCCGGUGUGUCGGUGCGGAGGGUGCGCGGAAGCCCCGCGCCCCGCGGGCUGGCCCCGGCCCCGGUCGCCGUCGGCCUCGCAGCGGCGGGCAGCGGGCCCCCGCCCAGCCGCAGGGCCAUGUUCUACUUCCACUGCCCCCCGCAGCUAGAGGGCGCGGCCCCCUUCGGAGGUCACUCCACUGGCGACUUUGAUGAUGGAUUCUUGCGAAGGAAGCAGCGCCGUAACCGCACCACCUUCACGCUGCAGCAGCUCGAGGCACUGGAAGCCGUUUUCGCUCAAACCCACUACCCCGAUGUGUUCACUAGGGAAGAGCUGGCGAUGAAAAUCAACCUCACGGAAGCCAGGGUGCAGGUGUGGUUUCAAAACCGAAGAGCUAAAUGGAGGAAAACAGAGAGGGGCACUUCUGACCAAGAGGGCUCUAAGGAAACAAUGGCUGAGGUGGCACCUCCUGCAAGGAAUUUAAAUUCCCCUUCUCCAGCAGAUCAGACCAGGAAUAAAAAAGAGAGUCUGGAGAUCCAACAAAGCCUGAGUCGAGCAGUGGGUCCUACAGGACCUUUCUUCCCUUCCUGUCUGCCGGGGACUCUUCUCAACACAGCCACAUACGCACAAGCUUUAUCCCAUGUCGCGUCUCUAAAAGGGAGCCCGCUGUGCUCGUGCUGCGUUCCAGACCCCAUGGGCCUCUCCUUCCUGCCAACCUACGGCUGCCAAAGCAACCGCACCGCCAGCGUGGCUGCGCUGCGCAUGAAGGCCAGGGAGCACUCAGAGGCCGUGCUCCAGUCUGCCAACCUCCUGCCCACUGCCAGCAGCAGCCCCCCUCCUCCUGCCCAACCCGUCCCUGAGGGCAGCCAGGACAAGCAGCCCUCUCUGGGCAAGGAGCACAUGGAAGGGGAGAAGAGUGUAUGAGGCCGGACCAGUGCCAGCACCUUGGCCCGGGGCAGGGAACCACUGCCAGGGCUCUACUGUGGGGUGAACUGCAGUGUGGCCGUGCCCCAGCAGGACAUCAUGGGGCCACCAGGGACCCCAAAAUCAGAUUGGCCUCUUUGACUGCCUUUCAUGUGACCUAGCUUUUCUUGCGCCACUGCAGGUUUAUUCCCCUAAUUUAUCAGCACCAUCUGUGUUUGGAAACGUUUGUGAAACUGUUUUUAGGCUCCUUCCACAUCCCAGGGACAUCGAAAUGCCCAGGAUCCUGACUUGCUCUUGAACAUCUCAGCUGCCCGUCCCAUGUGAGAUGGAGGGCUGGCUGCAAGGCAGCGCUUCCAGACAUGAUGUCCAGGGCAGGAAAGGCAUCCAGGCUUAAUUUACCCCACCAUGCACAGUAGAGGUAAAGGAAUAUGCAGGUACAAACUGGCUUGGCCUGUUUAAAAUCAACCAAAUCUAUCCCAGGCAAGGUGUAAGAGAAACAGGAAAUAGAAUGAAACUCUUCAUAAUUUUUUCCUUCUCCCUUUUUCCCAAAAUGGAAACUUUCCAUGGAGUAGAUUACUGGAGAAUUACUGAGGUCAGUUUACUUGUGAGUAAAAUCCUUGCACUAGUCUUUAUGUGAACAUUUGUCUGUUACUCUUGCCAUUCCCUGGGUUAGACAUAAAGCACAUGACUCCAGAGCAGCUUUCAUAGCUUCAAAUGAUAAUGCUGGUAUUAAAUAGAGAGGGCAGUUGUGACUAGAUCUGCACAAAGCUGAGGUAUUUAGCGUCAAUGUCUUGCAAAGAAAGACUGUGAAACAAAAUAGUCCUGCAUUGCAACACUACAAAUAUGUCCUUGCAUGUUGUGUUUUUAAUAAAAAGGAAAUAAAUCUUGGAAGGAUAUUCCUUUAUGCCGUCCAAAAUCAGGCUAUUUCAUUCACCGAAGGCUUGUUGUAAUGAAUCUAGAUAUGAAAAUGUCUUAAUUAUUACAGAAUGGGCACAGUGCAAAGGAGAAAUUGAUGCCUCAGGCCAUAUAGUCUUAUCUCUGACUCAAAGCUCCCCAAAGCAAAGCAGACUAUGAUCUGAUGCUCUAGAGCAGGCAUUUUAAUCCAAGGUGCCCCACAUAAUUUCCAUGGGAAAUGCAGAUGCACAUUUAAACUUAGUGACAUGGAUCUACUUUUCUUAGGUGCCUUUUGCGGACUCCUCUGGCUUGUCCAUAGACAUCCCUGAAGAACGGGGUGAAAACACUACUCUGAGACUUAACAAGUGACAUGGAGGCCAGUGGAAUGACACGUGUCAGCUAUCAAUGUUUUCAGAGCAGGUUGUUCAUGAGGACACUGCUAAGGUCUGUCCUACUGCCAAUGAGAUUCUCUCCAUUACAACCCUAGAAGUGCUGCUGUUUAACCCACGGACUUAUUUUGUAACAGAAUCUCAACUAGCAGAGUCUGUAGUUUUCCAUUUACCAGCACAAGUUUUUUCUGCCACUCCUCAUUCAUGCUGUGCUGAGGACCUCCUGCAAUUUGUUGAGCACAUGCUUUUACACUGUGUUGUGUUCAGUUUCUCACAGGAUCUGAGACUGAGGAUGUGUUUGAGAAGGCAGUCCCAAGUUAGGUUGACAGCAAAAAUUUCUCUACACUACCGAAGUGAUCUCGGCCUAUGAAUUUCACAGAACUCAGGACUUCUCUGAGGCUCUCAAGACCUUCCUGUAGCCCCAUUGCACACCUAGAACACAGCUUGAUAUCAGUCCCCUUUCAAAAGGUGGAGGCCCUGGUCUUAAGGGGGUGGCUUGAUAGCACUGAAUUGUUCCAGGAGCUAAGGGUACUGGACAUGCCCUCAGAGUGGGAUUUGUUUCUUUUGGAGUCAAGCCAUUGAGGGGGAGCAGUGUUGCGUCUGUUCAUAGAUCCAGGUACAAAGAAAAGUCUGGCAGGGCUCACAUUCAUCAAAUGGAGUAAUACCGCUCUAAUGUUGCCACACCAUAUGUUCCUUUUGGCAAUCUCGAACUGUCUUAACUGUGUGGAUAACAUGUAGUAGUCUAUGAUCCAGUCUGAAAUCUACCUUUGUGUUCCACCUUCAGAAACUGCUCUGCUGAGCUGUAGGUGGAGGUGGCUUCCCUGGCUGCAAAUUAUGGUUUAGUUUGAACAACAGCAACAACCUUUUUCUUUCAUCAAAACAAAAUAGAUUGCUGUGUGCUUUGUUGUGGGGAGUGGCUGAAGAUGAGAGAAUCACUGUUUUCUUAGUGAUCUUCCUGAUCAUAUAUAUAUGUUUUUUUUUCCUGGUUGCCCCCCCAAAAAAGACUAAAAAAACAAAGUGAUUCUAGUCCAAAGAGGCAGACCCAACUUCAUUUCAACAUAAUUACCUUGCAUUCAGUUGAACUCCAGCCCUUCUGUACACUAACUCUUCAAUCUAAUUGUUUGAUUAAACUCGUAUUUCCUCCAGAAAGGUACAUAAAUAAGUGAAUUGUUGAGCAAAUUAAGAAUACUUAACAGCAUUGCAUCUGAAAAGUAGUUACGCUGAUUAAAUUUUCUGUCCUUGAGGAUUUUCAGGAAAUUACUUUUGAUCGUCAAUAACACAAUUAAGUAAACUACACGCACAUUAGCAUGAAUAAUUGAUAAGAAAUUAUGUAUUACCACGAAGCACUGAUUUAAUAAUUCAUGAUGUGACACUCUAGUGACUGUGCAAAACUGGAUAACAUUGACAAGUCUGCCUGAUGUUGCUGGAAAUGCUGCAAUUACAAACAAGUCCGUAGUUUUGUUGUACAGUAAAGUAUCUGAUGCAUGCUGUAGUUUCUGUUUGUUUAAUACUUGAAUAAAUUUAGAAAGAAGACACUGAAAAAUUCCUGUGCUGUUUUCAUUCAGAUCACUUUCUUUGUCCAAGCAUCUGCUUUUACGUUGCUUUUACGUUGCUUUUACUGUCCAGUCCUCAGUCCUGCUUAGACCAUGGCGGAGGCUCUCAGAUUCACAGCUGGAACCUGCUGGGUGUCUCACAACUUGCAAAAUUAGUGGGCUUGAAGUUUUGCAGAGCCUCCUGUUAGGAGCAAAGUAGCAUUAGUCCCUCUUAAGCCUGAGCCCAAAGUCUUUUAAACUCUUCAGUUUCUCAUGUGUCUGUGGUUACAAUCAUUCAGUACAAUUUUGAGGGUGGCUGCUCUCAGUCAGCCAUAAAUGAAACUUUCAGUUUUAUAUUUUUUAAGCCUGAACAAUGCCACAUCCAACCCUAAGCCAAUUCGUCCACAAUACUUGCGACUUACCUAAAAGAGACAGAUACAUAAUUGCAUUCUCAUUAGUAUGUUGGGGAAAACAGAGCAUGGUGAGCUACAUUUUCCUCUCAAGUUUCGGUCUGAGACUUCUCUGCUUAGGGCAGUGCAGCCCACGGGAGCAUACUCAAGGUCACUGAGCCGUAGCAUGAGGGCAAGAGCAAAACUCAAGAGAUUUCUGUCUCGUUCAUGCCCACUUCUAGCCACCAGACUCCCAAAUAGUCUCUCCAUUGUAGAUGAGCCACGUACCUUCUUUCUGUCCUAUCACAGAUCAGGGCUAUGUCACUUAAACCACACAUGUAAUGGCCAUCUCACUAGCUCUGAUUAGGUCUGGCAUUUUAAAAUUUAUAACUCGGCUAUAAAAAGUCAGGCUGAACCCCAGUAUGAGAGGCCCAAGGGGAUGAUUUACAUGUGAGCUAUUCCAAAAUCAGCUUGCAUAACAUUUUUUCAAGUUCUGUGAAUGAAAAAUAGAAGCCCAAGAUCUGAGGGAUAGAUGUAAGACAAAGAUGGUUUGUUUAAUAGUGUACUAGAUCCCAUGCAGUAAUUCUCUGUGAAUUUCCAUACUAUAACAGCAUGAGCUAGGCAUAGCAUAAACAGUCUCUGUGCAAAAGUCAUUUGCAUGAUUUUGGCAAAGUGUCUCCAGUCCUGGGCUCUUUUCUCAAAGAAUCACA